AUGGCCGGACGUCACGUGACGCGCCAGCGCCUGGCUUGCGCACUCAUCUUCUUGUUGGCGAUGAGGGAUGUCUCCGCCGCCCGAGAGAUCUUUCACGCAGGCGAGGCCGCCAAGAUUGUCGGCAACAGCAUGGCGAAGUCCUCUGCUCGGCAUCAGCGGCAAGAAAUGGUGACGGACGCCGGCGGCUUCUCCCUCUCGACCAUGUGGGCCUCCGGGAAGCAGAGCUCCUUGACAUGGCAAACCGCCAAUGUCACCUUCCGAUUCAAGGAGCAUGAGUCGCCUCCAUACAUCGAGAUCGAUGGCCUGGACACGAGGUACCGCAUCUUGCCGGAUGCCGUGGUGGCGACUGAGAGGAUCGAUGGCAUGCCCACCAUCUGGAUCAUGGGGUGGCAGGCCUAUCGUGCCAACAAGGGCGACUUCGGAUCGAGCCACUACUCCAAGGACGAGGCGCUCUACCUGCGCACGGAGAUGAAUCCGGUGGUGGGGGAGACCAAGGCGGGCUUGCUUCGCUCUGCGGGGCACAAGAUCUAUGAGCACAAGGAGGGCAGCAAGAUCGUCCGUUACUUCCUCAACAGCAAGGGCAGACAGAAGACCGUGGACGAAGAUGAGGUGGAGUUUCAUUCCACAAGGUCCCAUGACCCGGGGAUGGAGUUGCAUGUGCCUGGCGGAGAUCCCAAGACGCUGCAGGAGCCUGAUCACGAGCUCAUGGCCUUGGUGGAUGGCAUGCUCGGCCAGGUUUCCUGUAUGGGCAAGCCGAGUACCUGUGCUUUCCGCUGCUUCUACGACUCGGAGAAGGAUGUCUGUGGCCCCUCACACUUCUGUGAGAAGGUGGGCUCCAGCCCUGCGGACAACCUGGCACCCUUUGGGGACCAGCAGAAGUGCAAGGCCCUGGGUGCAUCAGAUCACGAGGCUGCGGAUCUUGUGAUCGCCCAGAAGCUGGAGGACAUGAAAAGAGAAGUGUUGGACCUUGCCGAAGAGAUGGAGCAGAGCCCAGCGAUCUCCGAGAGGGGUUCAAGCCGGUCUUCAUUGAAGGCCUCUGUGGCCAUGUGGCAGGAAGCCACCCAGAUGCUCAGUGUGAUGGAGGCCUUCCCGAUACGCCUCUCCCCCGAAAACGGCGACUUCUCCAGAGCUGCGGCACGCGCGGCGUACACGGACAUGAAGCAUUGGCGCGGCCGCCCUGACAUGUUGACGAUUCCACAGUACAAGCAGGCAGGCAGGGCCAGUAUCUCAGCCGUGCGCAACUCCCAGGACUUCUCGGUGCCCGCGAAGCUGCACAACACCUUGGUGGACUAUGUCAAGAAGCGCCCCAAUAUGCUCAUCCAGUUCCUCAAGCAAGAGACCGAUGGCAAGUGUAGCCUCAGCGACGAGACAAAGGAGCAACAGGAUCAGUUGGGGACCUUCGUGGACUACUUCAUGAGCGUCCCUGGCCACGACAUCAACGACUUGAAAGGCAUGACUUUGGGCCUCCCUACGCCCUGCCGAGACUUUCUCAUCGACGCAGACGAUGUCCUUGGCCUGGUGCAAACUGCCGAGGAAGGGGAGCAGAUCUUGUCCAACUCGACGAAUGCAGGCACUGCUGGUGGCUUGUUGCAGGUGAAGUCGGGCCGUUUGGCUCGUGCCCUUGGCUCGGAGGACAGUAGCCUCUUGGAGAGUGGAGCUUCAGACUUAGAUGAGUCUGAGAGAGUGGGGGACUUUGGCUUCAUCAUCUUCUGCAUCAUCAUUGGCAUCAUUCUCUUGGUCGUUACGUUAAUCGCCACAAGGCUGGGCUUUUAUGGCUUGAAGUCUUGCAAAGAGAAUCCUUCUUACAAUAUGUUAAGCUGCUUUGGCUUCUUGUUUGGCAUGGUCGUGGGCGGCCUCUGCGUUUGGGGCGGCUUUGCCUUGGCUCUACCUGUGGGAAUCACGGUUCUUGUGAUUGCAGUCCUCUACGGCAUCUACCACUUUCCCUCAUUGCUCGAGAUCCAAAAGCACGACUUCCACAAGCCACUGCCCAACUGGAAGGCCAUCCAUCACCUUGCCAUGUGA